CGCCCCAAACCGUGUUCCCGCCCCCUUUCGUCACUUCCUCCUUUGCCCCUGUGCAGUCGAUAAGGAAACCCGGACGCCUUUCCGGCUUUCCUUUUUUGAGGCGGCCGGGAAGAUGGCGGACAUUCAGACUGAGCGUGCCUACCAAAAGCAGCCAACCAUCUUUCAAAAUAAGAAGAGGGUUUUGCUUGGAGAAACUGGCAAGGAGAAGCUUCCCCGAUACUACAAAAACAUCGGUCUGGGCUUCAAGACGCCCAAGGAGGCCAUUGAGGGCACCUACAUUGACAAAAAGUGCCCCUUUACUGGUAAUGUCUCCAUCCGAGGGCGGAUUCUGUCUGGUGUGGUGACCAAGAUGAAGAUGCAGAGGACCAUUGUCAUCCGCCGAGACUACCUCCACUACAUCCGGAAGUACAACCGCUUUGAGAAGCGCCACAAGAACAUGUCCGUCCACCUUUCGCCCUGCUUCAGAGAUGUCCAGAUCGGCGACAUCGUCACAGUGGGCGAGUGCCGGCCCUUGAGCAAGACAGUGCGUUUCAACGUGCUCAAAGUCACAAAGGCUGCUGGCACCAAGAAGCAGUUCCAGAAAUUCUGAGACUAGACACCUGUCCACACCCUUGAAGAAAAUAAAGUUAUUUUCCCAGUCGGGGACCUGGC